AUGUAAAAGUGGUUACGAAGAAAUACAAUUGGACUACCCUAAUAAUGUUUUGAAGAAAGAAGCAACUGUGUUAAUUGUUAGUUUUAAUGCUCGAUACAAUGUGCAGUUUGUGAUUUUGGUAUUUGUUAAUAAUGCAAUGAACCAAAUGGUUGGUAUUUGAAAACGGAUGGAACUUGCCAUAGUAUUUGCGGUGACAAUAUUUUAGUUCUUGAAGAAGAAUAAUGUGAUGAUGAUCAGAAUAUUCUUUGCAAUUAAUGUUAAAUUACAUGCGAUAUAAAUUGUUUAGAAUGUAUUAAGGGAGUUUGUGUUACUUGCGCCUAAGGAUACAAAUGGAAAUAAUAAUUUUAGAAAUGUGUGUUAAUGUGUGGAGAUGGAGUCUUAGUGAACUACGAGAAUAUCUGUGAGGAUAGGAAUAACCUAUUAGAUGAUGGAUGUUAUUUAUGUUAAUUCAGUUGUUAACAGUCUUGUAGUUUAUGUACUCAAAAUGGAUGUCUAAAAUGUGAUGCCAUCGGAUGGAAAUUGGAUGAAUUAUAAAAAAAAUGUGAAACUAUAUGUGGUGAUGGGAUUAUAGUUUAAAAUUAUGAAGAAUGUGAUGACUUAAUUGAUGAAAAUUGCUACUAAUGUAGAUAUAAUUGUUAAGAGUCGUGCUUAAUUUGCCAAUAUGGUAAUUGUCUACAUUGUAAAGAAGGGUGGCUUGUAAACUUGGAUUAGAAGUGUUAUUCCUUCUUUGGAGAUUCUAAAAUUGUUGGUGAAGAAUAAUGUGAUGACUAUAAUUCCAUAAUGUAUGAUGGUUGCUAUCUUUCACAAUAUUAAUGCUAAUAAUCAUGUUUGGAGUGCAAAUUUGGAGUUUGUAUUAAUUGUGAGCUUGGAUAUUAUAAUCUAGAUGGAAGAUGCCUUGUAAUCUUGAAUGAUGGACAUACAAAAGGUAAUGAACAAUGCGAUGAUAUGAAUUUAGUAGCACAAGAUGGUUGUUUUAAUGGUAUGUAUGAUUGUCCAGGAAAUUGUAAGUAUUGUUAUCGAGGAUAGUGUUUACAGUGUAAUCUAAAAUCAUACUAGCUUAAUACUUUAGAUAAUUAAUGUAUAUCGUACUGUGGAGAUGGUUAUUUAUCAGAUUAUGAAGAGUGUGAUGAUGGUAAUAUUAUUCCAUAUGAUGGAUGUCAUUAAUGUGUAUUUUAAUGUAGUUAAUAUUGUCAAAUUUGUUAAUUUGGAGUAUGUUUUGAAUGUUCAAUAGGUUAUUACUUAGAUAAACCAAAAAAUAGCUGUUAUAAUAUAUGUGGAGACGGAAUUCUAGUUCAUGAGGAAUAAUGUGACAACGGUAAUUUAGGUUCUAACGAAAUAUGUCUGAGUUGUAACUUAGUCUGUAAUGAAUAAUGUACUACGUGCAUUGAUGGAUAAUGUUUUGAAUGCACUUCAUUGGGAUGGAAAUUAGAUUUAUUAAAUAUGAAUUGUUAACCUACUUGUGGAGACUUAUUGGUUGUAGGGAAUGAAUAAUGUGAUGAUGGAAAUCAAGAUGAUGAUGAUGGGUGCAUUGACUGCUAUAUUUAAUGUUAAGACCAAUGCACAUUAUGUGAAUUGGGUUUUUGUAAAGAAUGUAAUGUUAAAGGAUGGGAACUUAUUGAUGCAACAUGUAUAUCAAUAUGUGGAGAUAAAUUAGUCUUAGGGUUAGAGGAAUGCGAUGAUGGCAAUUAGCUUCCAUAUGAUGGUUGCUAUGAAUGCAAAUUUUAAUGUUCAGAAUAAUGUACUGAAUGUUAGAAUGGUGUUUGUAAAGCGUGUAUUAGUCCAGGGUGGGUUCUUGAUCCAUAAAACCGGUGCACUACUUUAUGUGGAGAUGGGAUCUUUGUUUACCCUUUUGAAUAGUGUGAUGAUGGUAAUGAUAAUCCAAAUGAUGGUUGUUAUUUGUGCGAAUUUCAAUGUUCAAAAGGUUGUAUUGAAUGUCAGCAAUAGUAAUGUAACAAAUGUGAUAAUUCUUAUAUAUUGGAUAUUAAAACAGCUAAUUGUGUUAAGGAAAACUUAAAUGAUUAUAAUGAUUUAGAUAUUGAGAUUUAACAAAUAAUUUGGUUAACAAAUUUCAGAUGUGGAGAAAAUCAUAUCUUAAUUGAUCAUGCAUGUGUUAGCUAAUGUGGAAAUGGGAUAUUAAUCAAUCAAUAUGAAGAAUGUGAUGAUGGAAAUAAUUAUGGAGGAGAUGGAUGCUCUACUAAUUGUCAUAUUGAGGAUUCCUAUCAGUGUAUAAAUUAAUAAGGAUCAUUAAGUUUAUGUGCGUAUAUUGUACCCCCGAAAUUUAAUUUAAAUAUUCUCUCUAACAAUGUUCAAUAAACACAAAUAGUUGAGUUGACUUUCAAUUAAUAAGUAAAAUUGGAGGAAGGUCUAAAGUUUGAAGAAGUCAUUGUGUUAACUAUCAUUCCAUAAACUCCAUAUCGAUUAACCGUCGAUAGUAUAUCGAACUUAACAAAUACCCUAAAUAAUCCUAAAUAUUAGAUCUAGAUAGAAUUUAUUGAACCUGUUGAUAUACAGAAAAAUACCAUAUUCAAUAGAGAUUUAAUAGGCCUAUUUGAAAAUUAAAAAUCUGUUAAUUUUGGCACUCCGAUUGUCCUUUUAGAAUCAACUAAGUAAUAAUUAAUAUCUAUCGUUUAACUAAAUAAUAUUAUGAUGUAUUUAAUGGUUGGAAUCUCAAGUUUUGCAUUUCUAACAGGAAAUGCGAUAAUGUCUCUUAAUUUAUUAGAUUUAUUGUAGUCAUUAUCUUAUGUGAAAUACAUGCAAUUUUAAUUUCCACCGCAUUUUAAUGAUUUCUUAAACAGUUACACUAAAGUCUCAUUAUAACCCAUUUUAGAGAUAUCUUAAAUAGAUUAAUUAUUUGCAAUAAAUACAUCAAAUCAUGUAAACAGUAAUUUACAACAAGACCCUAAAUAUAUCUUUCAAUAGCCUUAUUUAUAUAAUGUUAAAAGUUGUUAUUUUUCUGUCUUAAUAUCCAUGCUUACUUACUUAACAUAUUCUUUAAUAUCAUCUGACAACUUUUAACAAAAAAUUUUCACACUCUUUUUAAAUUUUAGGAAUAACUAUAAAGUCGUUAAAUUAAUAAGUAUAUUUUAAUAGAAAGUUCAGAGAACAUGCGUAAAGUAAAAACAAGAAUACUUUUCUUUAGGAAUAUUUAAAGUGUAUUUAGCCAUACUUCAUUAAUUUAUGUUCAGCGUAAUGUUAUAAUUUCCCAAUUACAAUUUUAGCUCUCCAUUUGAAUUUUUCAAUAGUAUUAAUGCUAUAUUUGGAUUGAUGUUGAUUCUAAUAUCUACAAUAAAUUUGCUUUCAAUUACUACUGUUUAAAUAAAAGAUAUACGAAGAUGGAAGCAUUUUUUUACAGAAACUAAAACUCAAUUUUGGGCUCUUCAAUUUAAG